AUGAGCUCUCAAUAUCAAGCACUUUCCACCUUGUCAGGUCCACGAGAUGCCGUUGUAUCUUUGGCUUUUUCAGGCAAGGCAAAAUUUCUUUCUGCUGUUGGCUACAGUGGCGUGUGUGUAUGGGACCUUUCGACUUCUGCUGCAACCCCCCUUCCUCAUAUGCUCUUCGCGCCUCAAAAUCCGAAAUAUGUUAUAACCACCUCGGUUUGGGUCUACUUUCAGAAAAAUAAGCACCAUAUUUUGGUCUUAGGUUCCAUGCGAGGAGACGUUAUACUCUGGGACUGGAAAGAUGACACCAAGUCUUUCCAAUUACUCUUCCGAGUUCCUCCGAUAGAAAAUGCAGAAGAUGAAAUACUCUCGAUGGAUGUUUAUGAACAAGACAUUGCCUCCGGCCGAAUUGGAAGGGUUGUUGCAGCGACGGUCAACCGACGCGUCACCGUUUGGACUUUAUCCUCAUCUGGGGAGUUCGCUCAAGUGUUUACCACUGUCCUCGAUCCAAACGUCAAUCCCAAGACAGUCCGUAUGUGCAAAAUUACUCGAGAUAUUUUUGUGUUUCCAUUCUAUGGAGGUGAAAUUCAUUGCUUGGACUACAAAACUGGUGCUAUAAAGUAUUGUAAAUCUCAUGGGCCUGGAAUUAUGGGUUCUGUUGCCUUGAGUAACACAAGCAAACACUUCGUUGCCUUUACGGGAAAGAAUUUUCAACUCUAUCGCCUCGGCAGCCUCGAACUUUUGAAGACUUUUACCGCUGAGACACCAGUUGUUCUAUUUCCCAAGCACGUCACAUUUGGAGAACUGGAGAACAUCAUUGUUGGAGGAACGGAUCGCGGCUGUGCUCUAGUAUACGAUGUCAACAGUGAAGAGGUUCUUCAGACCCUCAGUUAUCCUCGAGGAGGCCUUGUUCAGCCCGUCGCAACAAUUACCCUGCCUGAGCGACACUUGAUUGCUAUCGCGGGCUCCACCGCUCAACAGGUGGCAGAUGUUAUUGUUUUCGAGAAGCGAAAUACAGCGGAAGAAAUCCUCUCCGAUCUUGCAACUGAUGUCUCAAUGGCUUCUUCAGCUGAUCCUUCCCCUGAUUCUAUCCUCAUUGGCUUCUACCUGCCAAAGAAGGUUUGGAAGUGGAUGCGUAUCCUAGGCAUUGUGAUGUUUUCCUUGGCCUGUUUAGGUUACUUCGAUGUUCUACACGUUCAGCCAUCUCAGGUUCGUACUUAUUUGCAUCAGAUUGUUGGAUUUAUGACUGAUGAGAGGGCCUAG